AUGCGGGGUGUUAUGGAAUUCCUGAUGGGUGACCCAGAGGCACAAAGCUGCCUUGAUCAACUUGCAUGGCUCCUCGUGCCCAUGCUGAACCCUGAUGGGGUUAUGGCGGGCCGCACGAGGACGAACUUAGACGCAGUGGACCUCAACAGGCAUCACCACGACGACAGUGCCCCUGAGACAAAGGGGCUCAAAAACGCACUCCAGGCCGAGGCUCAGCAGGGCGAGCUCCUCGCCUUCAUCGACAUCCACAGCCACUCCAGGCGGCGUGGGAUCUUUGCCAUUGCGAAUGCCAGCGACGGAGAUCGCCUGGUGUCACUCAUGGCCUCGAGGACUCACCUCCUGGACGCUCCUGGCACAAGUCGCUCAGAGAUCCGCGCACAAGACGCCGGUGUUGGACGUGUUGCUGCGGCCAGCCAGGGCUACAAGUACAGUCUGACAAUCGAGUGUUCCCUGUGUGCCAGGCACCUGGAGGCUGGAGGCGAGCACCUGCUACUACAGGACCUGGUCAGCGUCGGCCGGGCCAUCUGUAUGUCAAUCGCAGAUCUCUUGAACUCUGCCGAUGAAGAACCAGCCGCCAACCCGGAGGUCCAGGAGUCGAUGUUCGCCGAAGGCGCAAUCGAUGCCGAGGACCAUGAUGAGGCUGAUGAGGAGGCUGUCUUGGAGGAGGAAGGCCAUCGGCCUGACUCGUCAUAG